UAAUGUCCCCAUUUGUGGUCAGACACAUUCUCUGGUGUCUGCUGGUUGCAGGUACAUCUGCGGCUGCCUCUAGGAAUGAGAAGAUGGCUGCAGUUAGUUCAGAACCAGGGCGCGUUCUCCCAGCUGAGACUCGUCCAUGUGUGGACUGCCAUGCAUUUGAGUUUAUGGAACGAGCUUUACGAGACCUCUACAAAGCUGCUUACAACUUGGACUCCCAGACUGAGACACUACUGCUGAGGGCAGAGGAUCGAGGCCUGUGUGAUUGCCUUGCAUGAGACCACUGUGGAGAAGCCAGGAAAUAGGGUUAUAUCACUGAGACCAGCACAGUAUAAAAAAUAUGUAACCCGCAGCUCCCAAUAUUCCACGCAUAAAAUCAGGACAAGAUUGGUCAAAUCUCCGGUCCUCCUAAACCAUGACCAAUACUGCUCAACCCACAAUCACGCUAACAGAAGAUACCCUCCAAACUGGUAUGCCCUGCCCCUUUUGUAAUCCAAAAAUCUGGACUGUCCCAUGAAAAAUAAGAUUUUAAACCU